AUGCAAUCAGCAUCUGGUCCAGGUACCACCAUUGUUCAUCUUUCUCCAAAAAAUCAUACAAUUUUACAACAAGGUGGUCAACAUGUCCUACUUAGUAAAAUUGCUUCCGACUCUACUAGUAGUCGUCCUCCAACAAGUGGGGUAGAAACCAGUUUAUUACAAACAGCACAUUCAAAUAACUCACAAACUAUAUAUCCAGCACAUUAUAUUGAAGCUAUUGCAGAACAAACUGUUUAUACUGCAAAUGGAGAAGGCGGUGGGAUUCUCGAAAUUAAGUCUGGUACGCCAUUAAGAAAACUAUUUGCAUCAGUCACGAAAUCUUUGUCUGGACAAUAUCAAGAAUAUACACCGAUUAUUUAUGCUCCUGUUUCAGGUGGACAAACGUAUUAUCAAACAGCUAAUGGACAGGUUUUAGCUACUGCUUUUGGUGCAGCGAAUAGUGCAACAGGUCAUGUUGGUGCCUUACAUACUGCUGCUGCGGCACAUGCAAAUUUAACUGCCACAUCUGGUGUUGGUCAUGCUCAAUUAGUUACACAUCAAGGUGCAACAUAUUUAGUACAAAGUAGUCAAUUAGAUGAUGAUGGAUCCUCCAUAUCCCAUACAGCAAAAGCUAGUCCUGUCACUGUUCAAUGGCUUGUUGAUAAUUACGAAACAGCUGAAGGUGUUAGUCUUCCACGUAGUACAUUAUAUUUUCAUUAUUUACAACAUUGUAAUGAACAUAAAUUAGAACCAAUGAAUCCCGCAUCAUUUGGCAAAUUAAUACGUUCUGUAUUUUAUGGUCUACGUACACGACGUUUAGGUACACGUGGUAAUUCUAAAUAUCAUUAUUAUGGUAUUCGUAUUAAACCAAAUUCACCAUUAAAUCAUUUUAUUGAAGAUGCUGGUUUCUCACUUCGACAUUAUCCAAAUUAUCAUCGUCAAACAAUGGAAGCUGCAGCUGAAUGGAAAAAUUUUACAAAUUCUUCAUUAAAUCGAUUAAAAUCUUUAAAUACAAAUGGGAAUGGAGUGAAUAGUGGAGGUGUUGGAGUUGGGAACACUUCUGUUGGAUUAAAUAAUUUAACAUCUCAUAUUCAUUCAACAUCACAUAUCUCAUCCAGUAAUGCUAAUAGUAAUAUCAAUAGUAGUAGUAGUAGUAAUUCUCAGUUAUCAUCUCAUUACGGUACUAGUACAACAGUAACAACAUUACGUUCUUCAGAUAAAUCUAUGUUAAGUAAUAAUUAUAUUGGUAGUGGAAAUGUUUCAUCACAUUCUACUAAUCAAAAUAUUGAUAGUGUUACUACAAAUUCAAUAACAAGUCCUUUAUUAUCUUCUAGUGGUGUUGGCAAUGGUCAACAUCAUGCACAUUUUCUUGGUGAAGCUAGUUCUGCAUUGCCUAAUCUAGAUGAAAUAUGCCGAUCAUCUGGUCUUCCUGUGCCAAGUGAAGUUGAUUUACCAGAGAAUUCAUUGAAUAAAAAUCGUUUAAAAACAAUUGAAACAUCGAAUAUUUCACCAAUAAAUGAAGAUGUAAUUACAUUUUGUCGUCUUUAUGCUUUAUCCGCUGGUUAUAUGCUUGAUGCUGUAGUCAAUUUAGAUUUUACAUCCAUUGAAACAGUAUGGAAAGCAUUUUGGUGUACUGAAGAAGUACGAGAUUCUCGGUUAAAACAAAGUUUAUCACAAGAACGAUUAUAUUCACUCGUAUCGGAUCCUGCCAUUUUACAAUUCAUUCGACUUUAUGAUCAUACAUUUUAUCAAUCAUUAGCUGAAGUUUUAAUACCAAAUGUACUUCGACCUAUUCCACCAACUCUUACACAAGCAAUCCGUAAUUUUGCAAAAUCUCUUGAAGGUUGGAUGCGUCAAGCUAUACAAGGUUUAGAUACAAAUCUUAUUAAUUUAAAAAUAUCCGCUGUAUGCGCAUUAGCACAAACUCUUCGACGUUAUACUAGUUUAAAUCAUUUAGCUCAAGCUGCACGUGCUGUAUUAAAAAAUGCUAAUCAAAUUAAUCAAAUGUUAGCUGAUUUAAAUCGUGUCGAUUUCAAUAAUGUACAAGAACAAGCUUCAUGGGUUUGUCAAUGCAGUGAUUCUACUGUUAGUCAACUAGAGCAUGAUUUUAAACGUAUUUUACAAAAGCAUGCAUCAUUGGAAGAAUGGGCUCAAUGGUUAGAUACAGUAGUAACUAGUAUCUUACAACCACUUGAAGGUAAUAGUUUAGCUUAUACAAGAGCUGCUCAUCAACUAGUAUUGAAAUGGUCUUUUUACAGUUCAAUGGUGAUUAGAGAUCUGACAUUGAGAUCAGCAUCAAGUUUUGGCAGUUUUCAUUUAAUUCGAUUAUUAUAUGAUGAGUAUAUAUUUUAUCUAGUGGAGCAUAAAGUCGCUGCACAUUUAGGCAUGACACCGGUUGCUGUAAUGGGUGAAAUGGGCAGAGAUAUUACGCAACAACAUUGUACUCAAAAUCGAUUACAUUUGGACAGUCGUAAUGUUCCUGGGAAAUCUAAAUCCAUUCAUAAUAAUAAUAAUAAUAAUACAACAACCAUUAAUUCUCCACAACAUGAUAAUUCAAAUUAUUUGCCAUUUGUUAAUGAUGAUAAUGAUAACAAUAAUGAUGUAGAUCAUACAAACUCUAUAUUUCAUCAUCAACAACAACAACACUCAAUUAAUUUAACUAAAGACCGUGUUGUUGUUGUAGGCAGCGAUGAUUGUAAUCCGGAUACUAACACUGAUGAUGUUAUUAGUCGCGAGAAAAAUAGACGAGAACAACAACAACAAUUAGACAAUGAUAAUGUCAUUGUUGACGAAAAUGUCAUGAAUCAUCAUGAUGAUGAAGAAGAAGUAGAUGAUUUCGAUGAAGAAGUUGAUGAAUACUUAGAUGAUGAAGAUGAGGUAGAUGAUUCAUUGGGUGAUGAAAAUGCCAUGUUAAAAGAAGCCCAUGCUUCAGCACAAGCUUAUUGUCGAAAUGCUUCAAUCGUUGCCACUACUACUUCUACUGUUCUAAUACCUCAAUCGUUAGAUUCAACUGAUAAUUUGCUCAAUACUACUGGUAUGCAAAAAGAUACUUUAGUAAUGGAAGAUGAAAUAAACCACGAGAAACAAUCAAACAUUGAAGAAGUUAUUAUCAAUGAUCCUCAUGAUAACAAUAAUGAUAAUAUUGUUGACGAAGAAGAAGAAGAAGAAUUGGUAGUAAAGAAGAUUGAAGAGGGAACCGGUAACAAUAAAAAUAAAUUAGAGAAAUUAAAUCAAAAACAUUCAAAUGUAUUCAAUAAUGAUAAAAUUAGUUCGUCAACACCCAUUGAAUUACCUGUUCAACAAUCCAAUAAAGAUAAAAUAUCAACCAGUACAACAACAACAACCACUGGUAGUUGUUCUCCACCGUCAAUUUUAACAAUGCCUAAUCCUGUACGUAAAGUUGUCCGUGUUACUACAUUCUGUGAUGCAAAACAACCACCAGUAGUAGUAGAAUCGUCAUUUGCUAAUUCUACACCAUCCACAACUGCUAUAGCUACUACUCCUACUACUACUAUACGUUCCAUUAAUUUAAAACAAUCAUCAUCUGGAUCCUCUUCAACAAUAUCAACCCCAACCAUAACAAUUAAUUGUAAUAGACCGCCAAUUGAAAUUCAUUCUUCAUCUUUACAUAUUACUACUACAACUCCAUCUUCUAUGAUUAAUAGUAGUAGUGGUAAUACAACAACAAUAUUAAAUAAGCUAACUGUUACUACUACUACUACUACUGCCAGUUCAACUAUUCCUACUGAUAUAAUCUAUGCAAAACGACCAAAAUUAUCCUAA